UUUUUUUUUAUUUUUUAUUUUUGUCUUUCUUAUCCUUACUUGAUUAUAAUGACUCCUCACCAACGACAUACUAUAAGAAAACGUGACUCUGAUACUACUAUUACUACUACUUUACUUAAUAAACCAACAAACAAUAAGAUCCUGCGUUGGGAAGAAUUACCGUCUUGGAUGCAAGAUAAUCACUUUAUUACCGAAGGAUACCGAAGACCAACCAAUAGUUAUCUUGAAUGUAUUAAAACUCUCUUUUACUUACAUAACGAAUAUGUUAAUAUUUGGUCUCAUUUACUUGGUUUUUUAUUAUUUGUUGGACUUGGGAUUCACUUUCUUUGGACACAACCUUUUCCUGAUCGUUUGACUUGGUUUGAUUAUAUUUACUUUUUUAUAUUUAUUGUUGGUGCCCUGACUUGUCUAGGUUUCAGUAGUUUGUUUCAUUGUUUUUCUUGUCACUCGGAACCUGUUGCAGCUGCAUGGAAUCGAUGUGAUUAUGCUGGGAUCACCACUUUAAUUGUUGGUUCCUUCUUUCCUGUUAUUUAUUAUGGAUUUCAUUGUCAUCAACUCUUCCAAGUGGUCUAUUUGGUAACCAUUUCUGUCCUUGGCGCGUGCACGGCUGCCGUUGUGUUAUUACAACAUUUCCGUACACCUGCUUAUCGAUGGAUGCGAACAAGUGCAUUCUUGGCUCUUGGAUUAUUUGGCGUAGUACCUGCAUUACAUGGUAUAUAUGUAUAUGGAUUUGCUAGAUCUUUCGAUACUAUCUCUUUGAUCAAUAUGUUAGUGAUGGGUGGUAGCUAUGUAGCAGGUGCUUUGAUUUAUGGUGCAAGAAUUCCUGAAAGGUGGUCUCCUGGUUCUUUUAAUAUUUGGGGUGCCUCUCAUCAAAUCUUUCACGUGUGUGUAGUGAUUGCAUUGAUUAGUCACUACUUUGGUGUAAUGAAAGCCAUGGCAUACUGGCAUUCUGGUGGUCAUGAAAUCUGCAAAGAAUUCGUUUAGAUCAAAUAGAUUCCGUUGCUAGAUUUAGUUAGAUUUGUUUAUUAUAAUAAAAAGUAGACAAUGAUGGUUGUAUGAUUUA